CCACUCCCCAGGUCCCAAACUCGGGCACGUGACAGAGCCGAUUUGGGUCCGUCUAUGCUGCGGCGGUGCCGAGGAAGACGUCGCCGUCGGUGACGGAGAAGAGCCGACGAGCCGGCAAUCCUAAGAGCAAAACAUCGUCGCGCCAGUCGGCGCAGGAAACUCGCGAAAUAGGACGAACGACACUCGCACCAAACACACCGCGAUGACGUCACACCACCAGCGGCAACAUGGAUCCCUCGAGUCUCGAGCCGAGCUCGUAUAACCUCGAAUCUCGAUUCACGGCCACUCGCCGAUUAUCUCUCCGCCGCUCGUCGCUGCCUCGCUUUUAUCGCGAUUUAAACUGCUCGAACCACCCGCACGCAUUCACUCGACGAUGGCUUUUCCUUCCCUCGAUUCUACGCGAAUAACCUUGACUUCUGACAGACAGCAACACCGCCGAACUUCGGGUUCCCAGUCCUGUCAGUGACUAGCGCUGACUAGCGCAGACGACUCACGACGAGGCUGCUCUCCUGAGGCGUAGGCGAACCGACGCACAUAUUCGACCAUAUUCUACUGACGGACACCCUCGACGACGUCUUGAUGCAAGGCUGCGUACACGAUCCUGGACCGGUCUUGAUUGCUGUCAGUAUCGACGGUUUUUUUACACUUUGUCAACGGAUAAUACACCAGACGAAAGAGCGUCAUGGCAACAUCGGCUUACGUGUCACGGAUCAACCAGAUCGACGCGUCUCAACUUGACAACGAGAUUUACCACAUCCUACAACAGCAAACUAACGAGAUAUCGAAGGUGUGCACGCCUGGAACGGUUGGGAAAUGGCAGCCAGAAAUUAAUGCCCUGUUGAAAGUGGUCGUAUGGAACUAUUCUCUUAGAAGCGGAAACUCUACCUUUGGACAGCAGCUGUUGAAUCUUCACUAUGAUAAAUAUAACAAGAAAAAGGCGAUUCUCUAUAUUAUUCUUAGCGUUGUUCCCAGAUAUCUUCAGGAAAAGAUGAUCGAUAAUAGAUUGAUUGGGAGUAUGGAGACGGGGAAUCAAAUCCAGCGCUUCUUCGAUUGGGUAUCUACAACUGUUCGAUUACUGAAUUUUGUCAAUAUCUUGGUUUUUCUGAACCAAGGGAAUCAGCCCAACAUCGUUGAAAGAAUACUGGGAAUAUACAAUCAACCAACGACGACGCAAAGGCCAAGGAACAUUGGUUAUUCUUAUAUGACGAGAGAGUUAUUGUGGCACAGCUUGAUAGAAUUAUUCACUAUCGGCCUACCAAUGGUGAAUAUUCACCUCAUCAAGCAAAGGAUCAAGCGACUCUGGUCAACGAGGAAAAUUAUUGGUGGAUCUGUCAUCCCCAGAUUGGAGUUCGACACAAAAUGUCCAGAAUGCGAUCAGAGUCCUAAUUUACCGAGGCAUGCCGGAUGCGAACAUAUUUUCUGCUACUACUGCAUGAAGGCACGUUUCACUGUCGACGUUUCCUUCGAGUGUCCUUCCUGUGGAGUGCAAUUACACUCAGCACAAAUGAGGACUGCUUGACUUCUAGACCAUUGAUCCGCAGUCUAUAUUUCUGUGCUAAAUAUCUCUGUACAUAUACAUAAGCAUUGAAAUAAGGAUAAAAGUUCAAAUAUUUUAA